UGUACGUCUGCUCAUUUUGAGAAUCAUACACUAGAAUACGAAACUUACCAAGAUGAGAUUAGUUAUUAGUGCCUUAGUUGUCAUAGCUUGUCUAUAUGACGUCUCGGCUGACGUUUGUAGUUAUUCGUGUUUAAAGAGUAGAAGAUAUAGUACUAGCUGUGGUUGGUUUGGAUGGAGUCGUUGUACCAGAUACAGUUCUUACCGAGGCACCUGUACCAAAACCUGUCGCAAUGGCGGUUGGAGCUCCUUUACAGAAACCGGAACCAGAACCCCUUGUACCGCCACAUGUGGGACAGGAACACAAAUCCGUACUCUAAGUCGAUCCUGUACGAACCCUUCACCUUACAAUGGGGGUAGAGUUUGUUCUGGUUCUAGCAGCAAAGUGGAAAUAAUGGAGUGCAAUCCUCAACCAUGUCCAAUAAAUGGUAAUUGGUCGGAUUUCACAGAAUGGGAAGAAUAUGAUGACUGUACCGUCAUCUGUGGUACUGGUACAAUGGACCAGUGGCGCUCAAGAACUUGUACUAAUCCCAGCCCUGCUUUUGGAGGUGCCGAUUGUAUUGGUGUUAGUUUGGAGAACAGAACUAUCGAAUGUAAUACAGAAGAUUGUGGGGAAAAAUGUCCAAAUGAUACAGUUACCUAUUUUGAUCACCCAGAAAACAACAGACGGUAUUACCAGUGUGAUAACAACGUUGCUAGGAGACACGACUGUUCGCCAGGCACGGUCUGGAAUAAUACACAACACACCUGUGUUCAUGAAGCCUUACCAGUACAGCCUGCAGCACCGGUUCAUUCAACCCAACCCCCGGACGACUUCUGUAGUAAUGGUCGACUUUUAGCCGCCCACACAACAGAUUGUUCCAAAUACUACAUGUGUUCCAAUGGACGACGAGUCGGAAACGCAAUGUCUUGUCCUGCCGGACUCGUUUUCAGGCAGUCUACGAGCGGAUGUGAUUUUGCCUAUAACGUCCCCGGGUGUUAGGCAAUGCUGACAUUUUUUUUUUUCUUGUAAUUUGUUCAAAUUUGUUUUUCCUUUUUAAACGGAAACGUGGGGGGGAGGGGGGGGGUACUUGAUUUAUCACAGUAUUAUUUGUCGAUGCAUGUGAACGAUGGAAUUAAAACUAUAUAAAUGGGAUUUAACGUCCUACUUCUGCUCCGACUGGGCUAAGGCAGACAGGGAAAUUUUGCCCCGUCAGCGGAAUUUAGGCCUACUAUAUGUCAGUGGUUCUCUUACGUGCAUAUUAAUAUGUACAAGAGACCUUAGUAUUUCGGCCCAUCAGAACGACUAUACACCGACCCCCAGACUGCACCACAGACAAGAGGGAACCACGCCGAAAAACUCGAUAUUUUAUUUCUUUAGGUCCUCGUAUGGUGUGUGAUCUCGUCGGGAUGGUUACUUGGGAUUUCCGGAGUCGUUUCCUCUUAUCAGUUGGGCAAUGGCCUGGCACGUACAAACGUCUAGACGUUCGGAUGGCAACAUGUGCCUAAUAGCUUCCAAUAAUAUGUUAAACCACAUGGAGGGAUUUUAUGACCAACUGUAAAAUAAAGUAUCAUCACGUGAUCCGUAUGACUGACUUUAAUCCACGAGAAUCUAUAGCUUUUCAAUUUGUCAUUGAAUCAGUAUUGUUACAAAUAAACAUAAUUAAUUUACAAUAUUAUGUAAACAAACAAAUGGAAUAAAUAUAUU